AUGGCUGGUGUUCCAAGUGCGAGAGGAUGCGACGCAUGCCGUAGACAAAAGAAAAAGUGCGAUCAAGCUAAACCAACAUGUUCUCGAUGUGCGCGUCUCAAGGUACCCUGUAGUGGAAGUGGAGUGAAGCGAUUCGUGUUCAAAUCAGAAAACCUGCAAGCAGCGAAGAAGAGUUCAAAGACUGUGGCCGUCACCAGACGUAAUCCGGCGCCAGUUUCAGUAUUAAGUAAUGAAAAGACCUUGAUAUCUGGAAAUCUAGUGCAUAUUCUCAACCUCGACGAUCCAGCUUUUGACAUCUCGACCUUUGGUUGCUUUGUGGUGGAUCUUCCGCGACAUGUCGGCUCCAGCAAGUCACUCGAUGCAGCUAUCAGUGCUUUCAUCGCGGGAUUCGGAACGCUGCAGAACAGAACGUUGUCAAAGGUUGAUGCGCUAGGUCGAUAUGUCUUUGCCCUGAAGACGUUGAGAGAAACUAUGAACGACCCUGUGCAAGCCAACACGAAGGAUAAUAUGUGUGCCAUAUACUUGGUUGCCAUUUGUCAAGAAUGGCUAGGUCACUGUUCUGGAUACACAAAGCACUAUGAAGCGCUUGGGCAUUUAAUUCAAAAUACUGUCCAACAGUCUUCUGUCGACCCAGCAGAUCGUCCAUUCAUGACGACCAUUUUCGCUGCAGUGGUCCUCGAAAGCUUCAACAACCCCAACAUACAACCGGGUCCAUGGUUCUGGCAAGCAUUCUCCAUAUUUAGCGAUGGUGCUCGGCCUCUCAAGUCUGGCGACGGCAUGUCUUUUGCGUCUCUGGAUAUGGGAACUAUGGCAGAAAUGUCUUUCUUCCUCCGCGAUACUGAAAAGUAUCUUUACCAGAUACGCUGCCACUACGCCGUUCUGCGAUUAGAACAUCCGCGACUUAUGCAAAUAGCGAGCAGAGCAGUUGCUCGGGCUAGAGAAUUGAGCUCUACAUCGCAACAAAGACGACUCGGAAUACGUUUCCAUAGCGCAAAUGCAGCGAUGCUCACAAUGGGUACAACGCUGAACAGAAUUAUACGCGUCUACGAUGACGAUCCCGCUCUUAUUGGAGAGGCUAAAUGCUAUGUCGACGAGAUUAUUGAGCUAGCUAAAGAUGCCAGCUCUAACCGACCGAUAGCUGCGGCUUCUGUCUCGACCCCUCUGACCAUGGCGCUGGCAUCCAUGGAAGACUAUAGAUAUGCAGAGGUCGAGUUGUUGCUGUUGGAGUAUCAGACUGACUUCAUCGGGUUGCAUUACUUUGAAGAUGUUGAGAGAAUUCGUGGUCAAUUUGAUAAUGUUGAGAAGAGAAACCAAAAGACUAAGAUAUUGUUAUUACAAAGGGAAGAGAACCUGGAGGAGAGCUCGACGAUAGAAACAGAAACAGAUAUAGGACCCGGAUGCACAAUACUUUAG